AUGGCAGAGUUAACUAAUAAACAUUUCCUUGCCACAGCAACUCUGCUUAUUUUCCUUACAACAACAGUCUCGCAUUUCCAUUUUACAUUCUCAGAAGACUCAAAGCCGACUGGCUUCACUCUAAGUCUCAUCCCUGGAGACUCACCAGAUUCUCCGUUGUAUCAAGGAAACCUAACAAGACAUGAAAGGAUGCAAAGGUUGAUCAACAUCACCCAAAGCAAGGCAUCUCUUUACAGAUUAAUGUCAUCGUGGCCGGGCAAUGCCACGACGACGCCAAUAGGCCCCGAAAACAUUAAUCUUCCUAUGAUCCGCAACAAUUUCUACUAUGCAGUGAAGAUAGGCAUUGGCAAUCCAGUGUACAAUGCUUACCUUCUCUUGGACACUGGAAGCGGCCUAAUAUGGACGCAGUGUGAGCCAUGCCCAACUUGUUACCCAAUGGAAUACGGCAUAUACGAUCCGAGGCGUUCCAACACUUAUAGUAUGCUUCCUUCUAGUCACGCUCUUUGUCAAUCUGGUUAUUACAAGCGUGUCCAAAACCAAUGUAUGUAUACCAUGAUAUAUGGAGCCGAAGCAGUAGCAGGAGGAUCAACCAGCACAUUGCCGGUUCCGAAAACUCAAGGAGUUGCCUCUUUGGAAACAUUCACGUUCGCUAAUAACGAAGGAGGGUUUUCGAACAUCGAUGGAGUGAUCUUCGGCUGCUCGCGUUACGUCCAAAACUUUCAGGACUUGAUGUUCAACCAGAAGAUUUCUGGAAUCCUAGGAAUGAACACGGCCCCGGAUUCGUUAGUAACCCAGCUGAUGAACAGAAUCGAUAGGAAAUUCUCUUACUGCAUACCUUCUGUUUUGGACCAGACAACUCGUCCUAUUUUGGUGAAUUUUGGGACAGACGUUCCGAGAAUCUCCACACCUCUUGUCAACACACUGUUUGUCUCUCCUCCUCGUACUCAGCUAUUCUUUUUGGAUUUGCGAGAUGUGAGUGUUGGAACGCACCAGAUAGGGUUUCCCAAAGGCACUUUCACAGCUAGCCCAGAUGGAAGUAAAGGUGUGGUUAUCGACUCCGGAGCUCCUUUCACUGUGUUGGCUGAAAAUAUUAAUGGAGUGAAUGCUUAUCUUUUGGUGAUGAGUGCGUUUGAUGCUUAUUAUGGUCAAUCUCAAGGACUUCCAAGGGUCAAGGUUGACCAGUUUGAAUAUUGUUAUGGUCUACCAAAUGGUUUUAAUGAUUUCUUGACCUUGACUUUCCAUUUCUACCCGAGAGCUGAUUUCGUGGUGAACUCCAGAGAUGUGCAUUAUGUCAACUCUGGAAUGAGAUUCUUCUGCGUGGCAUUAAUGAAAAAUUCAGGAGGAUUGUCGUUGUUGGGAGCAUAUCAACAGCAAAAUAAGCAUAUUGUAUAUAAUCUCGAUCUUAACGCACUGCAAUUUGCUACUGUCACUUGCCCCAUCUAA